UUCACGUAGCUCUGUUUGAAAUAGGCGGCUGUUCGUGUUCGAACAACGUAUGACUGUGUUGGAAAUACUUGAGAUAAUAGGUAUACAUAUGUGUCAUUGGUGAUCGAUUCGUUUUCUUGGCCUGGACGAUUCUGUUUUCGGUGUUGGGACGAUGUGGUCUUACUCGGGACAAACCUGGGACGAUUUGGUCUUUAGGCGAAAUGAGUUUUUAUUAUUAAAGAUAUCGAAACACUAAUCUACAUUUAAUUUAUACUAUUUAUAAGAUAUCCUAGUUGUACCAACAGUGGAUGGAUUUUCUUUUUAAAAUAUAAUAUUAUUCCAAGUUUUAGAAAGCUGUUCACAUAAGCACUGGCUAUAUAUUUGGCUAACAAAACUCUUAAUCCCGCAAUCAGCUGUUUUGCGUGUUUAAAGGUGAUUAAUGGAAAGAGUCGCUAACAUUACCUGAACAGCUCACAUGUAUCAGACCAGUAUAGAUCAAAAGAGAUGUGUUAUUCGAAAGGGUACUACACCCUCAUCACAUCAGUCCAUGGCUCGCUGUGCCGCGCUGGACAUCAAAAGCUUCCACGACAACACCGCCCAGCGCCAGCGAGCACCAGGCGAAAAAAGAUAAUUUGCAUGCAUGAUGAGCGGACCCCGCAGCUUGGCUGUAGAAGACACGAGCAUCAGACGGACCACAGCCAGUUCAGGCAGCUGCUUUCGAGGGGUUCGGUCGAGAAAAUCCUGCAACCAUGAGAGAAAUUGUUCACAUCCAGGCCGGCCAGUGCGGCAACCAGAUCGGUGCUAAGUUUUGGGAAGUCAUCAGUGAUGAACAUGGCAUUGAUCCUACUGGCACAUACCAUGGCGACUCUGACCUGCAGCUUGAACGCAUCAAUGUAUACUACAACGAGGCCACAGGAGGGAAGUAUGUUCCUCGUGCCAUCCUUGUUGACCUUGAGCCUGGCACAAUGGACUCUGUCCGCUCUGGUCCAUUUGGUCAGGUUUUUCGCCCUGACAACUUUGUUUUUGGACAGUCGGGGGCAGGUAACAACUGGGCCAAGGGACACUACACUGAGGGUGCAGAGCUGGUAGAUUCUGUUCUAGAUGUCGUUCGCAAAGAAGCUGAAAGCUGCGACUGUCUGCAGGGAUUCCAGUUGACCCACUCACUGGGUGGUGGCACAGGCUCUGGUAUGGGCACCCUGCUCAUCUCUAAAAUUCGUGAGGAGUACCCUGACAGAAUCAUGAACACCUUCUCUGUUGUUCCAUCGCCAAAGGUUUCAGAUACAGUUGUGGAACCAUAUAAUGCUACUCUAUCUGUUCAUCAACUUGUUGAAAACACAGAUGAAACCUACUGCAUUGACAAUGAGGCCCUGUACGAUAUUUGCUUCCGCACUCUCAAACUGACCACACCUACCUAUGGUGACCUCAACCAUCUAGUGUCAGCCACCAUGUCAGGUGUCACCACCUGCCUGCGGUUCCCUGGCCAGCUGAAUGCUGACCUCCGUAAACUUGCUGUCAACAUGGUUCCCUUUCCUCGUCUCCACUUCUUUAUGCCUGGAUUUGCUCCCCUUACCUCUCGUGGUUCGCAGCAGUAUCGCGCCUUGACAGUGCCAGAGCUCACUCAGCAGAUGUUUGAUGCCAAAAACAUGAUGGCUGCAUGUGACCCACGUCAUGGCCGAUACUUGACUGUUGCUGCAAUGUUCCGUGGUCGCAUGUCCAUGAAAGAGGUUGAUGAGCAGAUGCUGAAUGUUCAGAACAAGAACAGCAGCUACUUUGUGGAAUGGAUCCCCAACAACGUCAAGACUGCUGUCUGUGACAUUCCACCCCGAGGUCUCAAAAUGUCUUCUACCUUUAUUGGUAAUUCCACGGCCAUUCAGGAGCUAUUCAAGCGUAUUUCUGAGCAGUUCACUGCCAUGUUUCGUCGCAAGGCUUUCCUGCACUGGUACACUGGUGAGGGGAUGGAUGAGAUGGAGUUCACAGAGGCUGAGUCAAACAUGAAUGAUCUGGUGUCUGAGUAUCAGCAGUACCAAGACGCCACAGCCGAGGAGGAGGGUGAGGCUGAUGAGGAGGGUGAGCCUGAUGAGGAGGAAGCCUAAUCUUUCACGAGCGCUGGAGUUGUUUCCACAUGACCAACUGUAGCUUGCACACAGACACACUAACCAACUGGUGGAGACAAAGGGUGAAGAUAACAUCAUCUCGGUUUGCUUGUUGCCUUUUACAUUGUUGUUGUGUAUGGUGUCACUGUUGUUUAAACUGCUUUUUUUGCAAAAGUGAACAGGUGCCAAAAACUGUAUUAAAAGAAAUUGUACAUUUUAAAAAGAAAGGUUAAAUGUUUAAAGUUAUUUUCUUCAUUGCUGUUAAUAGGUUUUUUUAAAAUAUCUUUUUUAAUUCUUUUUAUUUUUGGUAAAACUAGAAAAAAAUUAAACCUUUAGACUCAAGAAUGAUAGAAAAGCUUUCAGCAUGUGUCCACAUGCCUUCCUCAGUAACUAUAAGAUUUGUGCCAACUGUCUCAAAACUGUUAUUGCUGAAUUUACCCAUCUAUGGUGGAUUCAUUUCUUUUUUUGAUCCCUAACAUCCUCAGUACUAAACACUCAGGAUGAAAAUGAAAGAAAGACGACUGCUUUUUAGACGGUUCCAAAAAGCAUGAAAAGGUACCAGUGUUGAUACUAUGUGCAUAUUUUAUUUGCUGACUAGUGACAUGUUGCUUAAUGAAGGGCUUUUGCCUGUGCCAUCUUUGUUAAAUUAUAUGUUUUUAAAAACAGAUUUUCUUAAGCUUAUUUUGUGACUGUACUAUUGUGCAGAUGUUUCUCUUGUACCUCAUUUAGGGUACAUUUUAAACAUGUAUUGUCGUUUUUUAUGCUGUUUGCUGCAACUGGUAUUUUGUGAGUUUUACAUGUUGAAGAAACAUGGACAAUGCUUCCAGCUGUUGUACUUACUUAUUUCCAAGUCAUUGUAGAAAAAUGGUUUGGUUUUUUUUUUUUUUUGAAGGGGGGAAUUGUGAUAAAAAAAAACAAACAAAGAGAAAUGACAAUGCCAUUUCCUUUUAAGUUUAUUAUUUAUACCUGACAAUCAUUUAUGAUCUGUAAAGUUUUUGAUGGACUCUUGGUAACAAAAAAAAAAAAAAAAAAAAAGUUGUAUGAAGAAUCUCAUUACUUACCUUAAGUUACCAUUUAUUGACAUAAAUGGUAUCUGAUGCAAGUUAUUAUAAAGGGGUGAUAUCAUUGCAUGAUUUGCAUCAUUAGAAAAACAUAAAAAAAGAGAAAGUCUGUGCUUCAAAAUAAGCUUCCACCACUGCAUGGUAAAGGCCACCGUUGCUUUCAGUGAAGAAUAAAAUAUGCAGGUCAGAACUCUG